GCAGUAAAGCUGUCAUUUAUCAGCUGUCAGAUCAUGAGGAUGAGGUUUAACAAAGUUUUGUGUGUUGCUGGUGUCGUUCUUCUCAAUCUAGCAGGCUCUUUUUGUCAGCUAGAUGUUUGUGGGCAAGCCCCCUUUAACACAAAGAUUUAUGGAGGGGGCGAUGCAACCGCAGGGUCUUGGCCCUGGCACGUAGGCAUUGGUGAUUUUGGGUGUGGUGGGAGUCUCAUUAAUAAAGACUGGGUUUUGUCUUCAGCUUCCUGCCUCAGUAGAACGCCCACGUCAGACGUUUUCAUCCAAUUGGGACGUCGGACCCGGUACGACCCAGACCCACAUCAGAUAAACAGAACAAUAAUUAAUGUCAUCAGUCAUCCUGACUAUAACCCAAACACUGAAGACAAUAACAUAGCGCUGUUUCAGCUCUCAUCUUCUGUGAAUUUCACCGAUUAUAUUCGACCGGUCUGUCUGGCUGCUGCUAGUAGUGUAUUUGAUGAAGGACUUACAUGUUGGGCCACAGGAUGGGGGUAUACGGAAAACAGCGACCUUCCUAACAUAUUGCAGGAGGUGGAGAUUCCAAUUGUGAGCAACCAGAACUGCAGUAUUGCCUAUAAUGGAAGUCGUGUCACUAUCACAGACAACAUGCUGUGUGCUGGACAGUUAAAUGGUGUUUUUAAAGGUCCUUGUGUGGAUGAAGGUGGAGGACCACUGGUCAGUAAACAGGGAUCACAGUGGAUUCAGACUGGAAUUAUUAUUAUGACUAAUGCAUGUUUACAUAAAAACAUCCCCGGUGUGUUCACCAGAGUCUCUCAAUAUCAGGACUGGAUCAACUCUCACAUAUCCAACGAAAAGCCUGGAUUUGUUUCAGUCCCCUAUUCCACUCCAACUCCUGAUCCCAAUCCCACUCCUGAUCCCAAUCCCACUCCUGAUCCCUAUCCUUAUAUUCCUGAUAUCUUCAGUGGAAGUUCACCCAGUCUUCAGUUAUUUCCUCUUUCUUUCACAAUCUCCAUCUUCUCUCUCAUCUUCUGUCUCUUUAUUUAAAGGUUGUGGUUAUUUGAUGCUAUAUAUAAUUACAAGACCAGUUUGAUUUGUCUUUUAGUUUGUUUAUAUUUUUCUUUUCAAGAGAGUAACUUUUUAUGUGAACUUUGUGGUUAAAAUUCUGGGUUCAUUAUGAUUCUCAAAUAUGUAUUGACUUAUGUGAUUGAUAUGUGAUCUAAUUUGCAAUAACUCUUGGAAAUAAACGCUUAUCCCCUCAUUGGUUAAGAUCAGAUGGACAAAGAGACUGAUGAACCUUUAUUGACAGGAAAUGAAUUGUGUGUAGAACAAGCAAACAGAA